CCUCGACCUUUUCCACCCCCCCCCACUGGAUGUGCCCCAAAAAUAAACGACAGAAACCACCUCGUCCCUGGGAAGGGGCUUCUCAGAACACGUCUGAAGUUUUUGGAAGAGCGGCCCGAGGGGGCGGGAUGAGGAGGAUAAAUUACGGAGCCAAAGCCACGGACACACCAGGCAGGGAGGCACAAAGGACAGAGGAAGAGCCCUCACGCAGCCACCAUGGCCACUGCAAGGACAGUCCUGCUGCUCACCCUGCUCCUCACCUUCUCCCUGCACUGUGCCACAGCCCACUUCAGACCCAUCGAAUGCUGCUUUGAGUACGCAGAGAGACCCGUCCGACACGUGCAGAGCUACUAUGAGACCCCCAUUGACUGCCCUAUGCCUGCAGUUGUGAUUGUGGCUGCCAAAGGUGGCAAGAUCUGUGCUGACCCCAAGAAGCGAUGGGUGAAGAAAGCCAUGGAAAAGCUUCAAAAGAAAGAAUGAACUCCAUCCACCAUCCCACUUGCCCAUCCAGUCCUCCUGUCUCUACUGGGUGCUCACAGCCCUUCUCCAAAGGCUGCUGGCAGUGGGCACCACCACUGCAGGUGGAGCCAGCCCGUACCCUGGCAGGAUCAGGUGUCACUACAUCAGGGACCAGCCGGCCACCAAGCUCCUCCUGCUGCCCCUGCCCUGCCAGGCUGUGCCAGUGGAGCAAAUAUUUAUAAU